AUGAAUGAAACGAACUUCGCUGGCCAGCGGAAUGAGCUGGAGGAGGCGCCGUCGACUCCCUCGGAGAAGCCGCGCUCCAGGUUUGACAUCCAUUAUGACAGUACUCCUCUAUCGCAAUCCCCUAUGCUGAAGAUAACUGAAGAGGACAUGCCUUCAGACGCUUCGUCGCAGUAUGCCAGUCUUGUACCGCCGCCGUCUGCUAGCAAGCGGCACAGCAUGUAUGGAUCACCGACGAUCUAUGGCUUGGAUAACGACUCCUCGUCCUCGCUGUACAUCCCCGGUGGAAACGUUCCAGGGAACAGGUCGUCGGUGACGAGCCUGAAGUACGUGCCCCAGAUUGGUGCUCCAAUGAGGGCCAAGUCUCCCGUGAGAGGCAAGUCGCCAGUAAGAACAUCGUCUUCGCCCUCAAGGAGUCGCUCAAAAUCACCAAUCAAGAAACCGAAUGGACCUUUCAACUUCAAAUCUACCCAGCUCACUGCGCCAGCGAUUUCAAACUCCACAAGAGCCUCACAUAGAAAAGGUCAUAGGUAUAAGCAUUCUUCAGUGUCCAUGAACCUGUUUCAAGAGCCCAAGCAGAGGGCUCCCCUGAGGAUAAACGUGUCCUAUCCAAUUCCCACGCUGGGUGAAUUCUUUGCAAGCUGCUCAGAGAAUCAAAAGUUGAAGUUGACUUGGUCUCUAUGGCAUUUGACAUGUUCAUUCAUUGUAUUUCUGACAGGAUUCAUCUACAGGUUGCACUCCUUCUCAACGCUGAGCCAUUUGAUCUUUUACGACUCGCUGGGAUGUAUCAUCAUAGUGCUUACAGAUAUCAUGAACAACUUUGACGUUUAUACGAAGAGUUCCAUCAAAUUCCCCUUUGGAUUGGGUAGGAUCCAUGUGCUCUUCGCAUUUGCCCUAUCAGUCUCUCUAAUCUUCCUGGGUUGUGACUUAGGAAGCCAUUUCAUCGAGGAGCUACUUAUGGGUAUAUUUGCAGAUCCAGAACACGAGCAACAUGGGUCUGGUCAUAACCAACAUAACACUGAACCCGAUCAUUCAGAAGUUGGUUACUUGUUAUAUGAAACAUUGUGUUUGCUAACAAUCAUCAUCACGUCAAUAUCCUCGAAGAUUGAAGGAUCCAUGACCCACACUUCACUGACGGCAUUGAUGAUGCACAGCCCCACACAUCUUAUAACACUGGUAUUUUCAAUCUACCUCGCACUGACGCCGAUACUCCAAAACGUUCACACAAGUUUUGGCAUAGACAACGUUGCAACUCUGGCCAUUGCAUCGCUAAUUAUUUAUAUGGGCUCAAAAGCAGUGAAGUACUUAGGAUUUGUCAUCUUGUUAAGCUUCCCAAAGAAAGAUACGAAAAUGCUUGAGCUGAAAGGCGAUAUCCAAGCCUUAGAGAUUUUUAGCUCCAAUUACUCUUUGGAGAAUGUCAUAAUAUCACAAGUACAUAUGGACCUUGUUGUGGUUUUGGUGAGUGUUAAGAUGGUGGGACGUUCCGAUGAGCAAGAAACAGCAUUGAGAAACAAAAUCGAUGAACUUAUCAGAAAAACAGUGACAUCGAAGACAGUGGAAACUACAAUUGAUAUCGAUAGGUUAUAA